AUGAAGGGUUGGCUUCAGACUCUGGGUCUGUCUGCCCUUUUCGCAGGGAGUGUGUUGGCAAAUGAAGUGGAAUUGAAACAAGACGAUGCGCACCGCCAGCGAUGUUCGGGGAUGUACAGCCGCAAGUCCUGGGGAGGAAGCGUCGAUCCGUUUAUCUUGACAAGAUUUUCGUAUGAAUCUGAGACCGGCGAUACCGAUCCUUUGGUCAGCUUGGUGAUUUUCGAAUGGACCGAUGAGGAAUUGAUCGGGAGGGCUGUAUCGGACAACCCGGAAGAAAUUGAAACAAUUUGUGACGAAGCAAGUGUUGACGCGGGCCUCUGUACGGAUCAAGAUAUCGGCUCUUUCAUUCUUGCCCCGAACGCGACGGAAUCGUCCAAAUUCCCCAUCGUCUCGAAAGCCAUCCAUCUAAAGAAUCCAGUUGCGAUGAACUAUCCCGUGAAGAAGACUGGUUUCUAUUGCGUGAGCACCUACGGGUACUCGGGACAGGACUACAGAGCGGUGGUUGAAUUUCGGAAUGCGUACGGUGAGCUACCGGCAGCGCAGAUUGCGAAGCUGCCGUUCUAUGGUGGAUUGACGAUAGUAUACGCCGUGAUUGGAAUAUUCUGGGCAUUCUUAUAUGUGCAAAAUCGCCAUGACAUCUUGCCGGUUCAGAACUAUAUCACGGCCAUUCUCGUGUUCUUGAUCCUUGAACAGUUGAUGACAUGGGGCUUUUAUGAUUUCCAAAACCGCCAUGGCUUGAAUGUUGGUGCAAAAGUACUUAUGGUCCUUGUUGCCGUUCUUAACGCUGGGCGGAAUUCGUUCUCCUUCUUCCUCCUACUCAUUGUCUGCAUGGGCUACGGUGUCGUCAAGCCGUCUCUGGGUCGAACCAUGAUUUACGUUCGCAUUCUCGCUAUUGCGCAUUUUAUCUUCGGUGUCAUAUACGCUGUUGCGAGCUUGUCAAUCACACCAGAUAGCGCCGGUCCGCUCGUGCUCUUGAUUGUUCUCCCGCUUGCCGCUACCCUGACUGGCUUUUACGUGUGGACUCUUAAUUCGCUGAACGCGACAAUGAAGGAUCUCAUCGACAGAAAGCAAAAGACUAAAGCGUUGAUGUAUAAGAAGCUGUGGUGGUGCAUUUUGAUCAGCAUUGUCGUGAUUUUCGGUUUCUUUUUCAUCAACUCGUUUGCUUUUGCUGGCGGCAGCGACGCCAGCUUCGUACCGGACCACUGGAAGACCAGAUGGUUUGUCUUGGAUGGUUGGCUCAACUUGGUCUACCUAUGCGACAUCGCUUUCGUCGCUUAUCUGUGGCGACCCACCGCCAACAACAGACGUUUCGCUAUGAGUGACGAGCUUGCGCAAGAUGAUGAUGGCUUUGAAAUCCGCUCCUUUGGCAGUGCAUUGGAUGAAGAAGAUGCCUUUGACGCCCCAGAUGCCCAUAUUGGAACAGAGCACCGCCGUGAUCUUUCCCCUGUGCCUCCCAAGCCUGUUCCGUCCGCACCUCGUCAAAGAGAGUCACUCGACGGAGAGACGAUCUUUGCUGUUGGAGAGGACGGAGACAAGUGGUCUGACGAUGAAGAUGAAGAAUCACGACGCGGUUCGACUGAUCGCAAAUCGCAAGAAGGCGACGCCGGUGAGAGGGAGAGAUUGACAAAGCGUACGGAUUGA